GGGAUGCAGCAGGGACCAUGGGUGCCCGGAAGGACGGUGCCUCCUCGGGGCGACUCUCGCUGCCGCUGCCACUGCCGCUGCUGCUGCUGCUGCUGCUGCUGCAGCUGCUGGGCUCCUUACCGUCCCCCGCCGCCACCCAGGCCCUUGGCUACCAGGAGGCUGUGCGCCAGGCCGUGGCUGACUUCAACAAGCGCUCCUUGGACCCCAGCCUCUUCCGCCUCCUCAGCCUGGACUCCACACCCUCGGGGGAUGAGGACCCAGGUACCCCAAAGCCCGUGAGCUUCACUGUGAAGGAGACAGUGUGUCCCAAGGCGACCCAGCUGCCGCUGGAGCAGUGUGACUUCAAGGAGAACGGGGUGGUGAAGCGAUGCACGGGGACGGUCACCCUGGGCCCGGCCAGCAGCGCCUCUGGUGUCAGCUGUGACAGGGCCCAGCGCGUCAGGCGAAUGGUGGGGCUGCGUAAAUUCUUGCGAAAAACAGGACGGAAGCUGCGCAAAACGCUACAGAAAAUCGGGAAUGCUUUGCAGAAGUUCCAGCCUAGGCCCCAGUUUCCCAGUAACUAUCCAAAUAGAGUGUGAGGGCCAGGGAUGUAGCUCAGGGGCACUGUGCCUGCCUCACAAGUGCAAGGUCCUGAGUUCAA